GUCCUCAACUGUCUCUGUCUGUCCUCACCUGUCUCUGUCUGCCCUCACCUGUCUGUCUGUUAUCAUCUGUCUCUGUCUGUCAUCAUCUGUCUCUGUCUGCCCUCACCUGUCUCUGUCUGUCCGUCCUCAUCUGUCUGUCUGCCCUCACCUGUCUCUGUCUGCCCUCACCUGUCUCUGUCUGUCCUUAGCUGUCUCUGUCUGUCCUCACCUGUCUCUGUCUGCCCUCACGUGUCUCUGUCUGUACUCAUCUGUCUCUGUCUGUCUUCAUCUGUCUCUGUCUGUCCUCAAAUGUCUGUGUUUGUCAUCAAAUGUCUGUCUGUCCUCAGCUGUCUCUGUCUGUCCUCAGCUGUCUGUCCUCACCUGUCUGUUCUCAUCUGUCUGUCUGUCCUCUCCUGUCUCUGUCUGUCUGCCCUCACCUGUCUGUCUGUCCUCACCUGUCUGUCUGUCCUCAUCUGUCUCUGUCUGUCCUCACCUGUCUCUGUCUGCCCUCACCUGUCUGUCUGCCCUCAUCUGUCUGUCUGCCCUCAUCUGUCUCUGUCUGUCCUCAGCUGUCUCUGUCUGUCCUCAGCUGUCUCUGUCUGCCCUCACCUGUCUAUGUCUGCCCUCACGUGUCUCUGUCUGUACUAAUCUGUCUCUGUCUGUCUUCAUCUGUCUCUGUCUGUCCUCAAAUGUCUCUUUCUAUCAUCAGCUGUCUCUGUCUGUCCUCAAAUGUCUCUGUCUGUCUUCAUCUGUCUCUGUCUGUCCUCAGCUGUCUCUGUCUGUCUUCAGCUGUCUCUGUCUGUCCUCAGCUGUCUGUCCUCACCUGUCUGUUCUCAUCUGUCUGUCUGUCCUCUCCUGUUUCUGUCUGUCCUCACCUGUCUGUUCUCAGCUGUCUCUCUGUCCUUGGCUGUCUGUUCUCACCUGUCUGUCUGUCCUCACCUCUUUCUGUCUGCCCUCACCUGUCUGUUCUCAGUUGUCUCUCUGUCCUUGGCCGUCUGUUCUCACCUGUCCCUGUCUGUCCUCACCUGUCCCUGUCUGUCCUCACCUGUCUGUUUGUCUGUCUGUCCUCACCUGUCUCUGUCUGCCCUCACCUGUCUGUUCUCAGUUGUCUCUCUGUCCUUGGCUGUCUGUUGUCACCUGCCUGUCUGUCCUCACCUGUCUCUGUCUGUCCUCACCUGUCUCUGUCUGUCCUCACCUGUCUGUUCUCAGCUGUCUCUCUGUCCUUGGCUGUCUGUUCUCACCUGUCUGUCUGUCCUCACCUGUCUCUGUCUGCCCUCACCUGUCUGUCUGUCCUCACCUGUCUCUGUCUGCCCUCACCUGUCUGUCUGUCUGUCAUCAUCUGUCUCUGUCUGUCCUCACCAGUGUCUGUCUGUCCUCACCUGUCUGUUCUCAGCUGUCUCUCUGUCCUUGGUUGCCUGUUCUCACCUGUCUCUGUCUGUCCUCACCUGUCUCUGUCUGCCCUCACCUGUCUCUGUCUGCCCUCACCUGUCUGUCUGUCCUCAACUGUCUCUGUCUGCCCUCACCUGUCUGUCUGUCCUCACCUGUCUGAGACAGUGAUGAGGAAAUAUAAAUAUUUACAGAAACAGAUGAAUCAAUAAAUGUUCAUAAAUUAUUUCAUUAAUUAAAACUUUACUUACUUUAAAACCAACACUUAAUAUUCAAAUGAUGUCAUCGUUUAAUAAGCUGAUAAAACAAACACAUGACAUCAUCGCCAACAAUAAACAUUAUUAAUUAACUAUCAAGUCAAGUUUUUCAAACAUGAUGUUAUCAUGUUACCUGUCCGCUGUGUCUCGCCUGGAUGGCGUGUUGGAGACAUGAUGUCAUCACGUUACCUGUCGGCUGUGUUUCGCCUGGACGGCGUGUUGGAGACAUGUCAUCACGUUACCUGUCGGCUGUGUCUCGCCUGGACGGCGUGUUGGAGACAUAAUGUCAUCACGUUACUUGUCGGCUGUGUCUCGCCUGGACGGCGUGUUGGAGACAGCCUGGACAGCAUGUUGGAGACAUGAUGUCAUCAUGUUACCUGUCGGCUGUGUCUCGCCUGGACGGCGUGUUGGAGACAUGAUGUCAUCAUGUUACCUGUCGGCUGUCUUGCCUGGACGGUGUGUUGGAGACAUGAUGUCAUCACGUUACCUGUCGGCUGUGUCUUGCCUGGACGGCGUGUU